ACAGAGUUGAUGUUGCCAUUUUAAACAGACUGAAUCGAUGAUUUACAAUACAGAAUAUCUUUAAAUCUUUAACAGAAUCGUUUACAAAUGCUAAAGCAGGAAUUUGUGUGCAGCUACCUGAUGGGAAUGUGAAUCGAGUCAGUGGAGAUCAAACUGUUCAGAUCCAUCAUGGAUGAAACUCAAACAUCUGGAGAUGAAGAUUUGUUUCCAGGAUGCAGCUCGGUUCAUCAGAAGAGAUCAGAAGCAGAGCCCAGCUGUGUGUCAAUGAAGAGUGACACGUCUAUGAUUGAUCCAAUAAACUUUAACAGUGGAGAUACUCAGCCUGAUCUCAGCUCAGUUCAUCAAAAGAGAUCAGAAGCAGAGUCCAGCUGUAUGUCUAUGAAGAGUGACGCGUCUAUGAUUGAUCCAAUAAACUUAAACAGUAGAGAGUCACAGCCUGGUGUCAGCUCGGUUCAUCAGAAGAGAUCAGAAGCAGAGUCCCGCUGUGUGUCUAUGAAGAGUGACGCAUCUAUGAUUGAUCCAAUAAACUUUAAGAGCGGAGAUUCACGGCCUGGAAUCAGAGAUGAUCAGACUGGAGACCUGCAGCAGGAUUCUCACCAACCAACAGAUGAUGAACUACAGAGAGUCAAAGACCAGCACAAAGCCAGCAUGAAGAAAAAGUAUGAGAGAUUAUUUGAGGGAAACAACCUACAAGAGAAUGAUACCCUCCUGAAAAGGAUCUAUACACAACUCUACAUCAUAGAGGGAGAGAGAGAAGGAGUAAAUGAAGAACAUGAGGUUUUACAGAUGGAGAAAACAGCCAGAACAAAACACUCACAAGACACUCCAAUCGAUUGCAAUGACAUCUUUAAAGCCUCACCUGAAGCAGGAUAUAAGAAGAAGAAGAAGAAGAGGAAGAAGAAGAAAAUCAAGACUGUUCUUACUAAAGGCAUCGCUGGAAUCGGAAAAACCGUCUCUGUGCAGAAGUUCAUUCUGGACUGGGCCGAGGGAAAAGCCAAUCAGGAUGUAGAUUUCAUGUUUGUCCUUUCAUUUCGAGAGCUGAACUUGAUCCGACAUCAUCAGUACAGUCUUCACAGACUUCUGCUGAACUUUCAUCCUGAACUUCAAGAUCUGAACUCACAGAUUUAUGAGGAGUGUAAAGUUGUGUUCAUCUUUGAUGGUCUGGAUGAAAGCAGAAUCACACUGAUGUUUUCAGACGCUCAGAAAGUUUGUGAUGUGACUGAGACUUCAUCAGUGGCUGUGUUGAUGUCAAAGCUCAUGAAAGGAGAGCUGCUUCCCUCUGCUCUCAUCUGGAUCACCUCCAGACCAGCAGCAGCCAAUCAGAUCCCCUCCAAAUACAUCCACCGUCUGACAGAAAUUCAGGGAUUCACUGAGCCUCAGAAGGAGGAAUAUUUCAGAAAGAGAAUCAGUGAGCAGCAUCAAACCAGCAGAAUCAUCUCACACAUCAGAAGAUCAAAUAGAGAAAUGAUUGUGAAACUUGCUGAAGUGGCUUUCAAACAGCUGAUGAAGGGCAAUGUGAUGUUCUAUGAGGAGGACCUGAUUGAGAGCGGCAUAGACAUCACCGAUGCCUCAGUGUAUUCUUGGAUUUGCACUGAGAUCUUUAAAGAAGAAUCUGUGAUUCAUCAGAGGAAAGUCUACAGCUUCAGUCAUCUGAGCGUUCAGGAGUUUCUUGCUGCUUUCUAUCUGUUUUACUGCUAUUUAACAAAGAACAAGGAACCACUGCAGUUUCUGGAUGAAAAACAUACACAUAACUAUGACCCUGACUAUCGAUAUGGUAAGCAUAUGUCUGUUGAAUUCUAUCUGCAUGAUCUACUAAUGUCAGCAAUACAUAAAGCCAUCAAGAGUGAGAAUGGACAGCUGGAUCUGUUCCUGCGGUUCCUGUUGGGCAUCUCACUGGAGUCCAAUCAGAGACUCUUACAGGAUCUACUGACACGUACAGAGAACAGCUCAAAUAGCAUCAAGACAAUAACACUGUACAUUAAAGAGAAGAUCAAAAACGGACAAGCAGUCUCCACUGAGCGAUCCAUCAAUCUGUUCCUCUGUCUGCUGGAAGUGAAAGAUCAGACUCUGUCCAGAGAGAUUCAGGAGUUUGUGAAAUCAGACAAACACUCAGAGAAGAAACUCUCUGCCGCUCACUGCUCAACAAUCGCCUACAUGCUUCAGAUGUCAGAGGAGCCGCUGGAUGAGCUGGACCUCAAGAAAUACAACACAUCAGAUGAGGGUAGAAGAAGACUGAUACCAGCUGUGAUCAACUGCAGAAAAGCUCUUCUUUCUGGCUGUAAUCUAACUACUCAGCAUUGUGAAGUAGUGUCAAUAGCUCUUCAAUCCUCAAACUCUGUCCUGAGAGAACUGGAUCUGAGUAACAAUGACCUGCAGGAUUCUGGAGUGAAGCUGCUCUCUGAUGGACUGAAGAGUCCAAACUGUCAACUGCAAAUACUGAGGUUGUCUGGCUGUAUGGUGACAGAGGAAGGCUGUGGUCAUAUGUCUUCAGCUCUGAGUUCAAACCCCUCACACCUGAGAGAGCUGGAUCUAAGCUACAAUCACCCGGGAGAUUCAGGAGUCAAGCUACUCAACCACAAACUGGAGGAUCCAACCUAUAAACUGCAGAUACUCAAUGUGGAUCAUGGGGGAGAGAUCAUGAUAACAGCAGGACUACAAAAGUAUGCCUGUGAUCUCACACUGGAUCCAAACACAGCAAAUAUUCGUCUCGUCCUGUCUGAUGAGAACAGGAAGAUGACACGUGUGUUAGAGGAACAGCCGUAUCCUGAUCAUCCAGACAGAUUUGAUGAUAUUCCUCAGGUUCUGUGUGUAGAGAGUCUGACUGGACGCUGUUACUGGGCGGCUGAAUGGAUUGGGCAUGCUGAAAUAUCAGUGGCAUAUAAAGGAAUCACCAGGAAAGGAUGCAUUGAUGACUGUUGGUUUGGAUUCAGUGACAAAUCCUGGAGUCUGUGGUGUUCUGAUGAAGGAUUUGCUGUCCGUCACAAUAAUAAUUACACUGAUUUACCUGCCGACCGUUCUUCCACUAAGAGAGUAGGAGUGUAUGUGGAUGUGUUGGCUGGCACUCUGUCCUUCUACAGCAUCUCUGACACACACACACUCACACACUUAUACACAUUUAACACCACAUUCACUGAACCCCUCUAUGCUGGAUUUAGGGUUUAUUCCUCAGUGUCUCUGUGUCAGAUUAAAACACAAACACACACUUGUAAACUCUCUCUCUAAUGUCCACAUGCACACAAACUCAUCAAAUCCCACAUUUGUAUUAAUUAAUUUUUAAUGAUUUUCAUUGCCUUCUAGAAGUUAGAAAUGUAGAUUUGACACAUACUGUUCUGAAUCUUUAAAAAAAUACAGAGUUCUGGCAUAAAACUCUAGAUGGCGCAGUCCA